GUCCCGUUAUCCUUUUGCCCCAAAACAAACCACACUUGAUUUCGUUCUUCCCUUCACACCCAAAAUGUAUUUGCUCACCGCACCUUCAGUUUCCGCUUCCGGAGGCUUUUCCUUUCUCUCCCAAUCUUCGAACUCCGGCAGCGCAUCCGACAACCCACUAAUAGCAACCCCGUCGAAUCUCUCCUGCAGCCUCCCGUCAAACAAGAGGCCAGCUUCGGUUAGCGCUUCAAAAGUGUCCGUUUCAAAUGGCAUCAGCACGAGUACAGUUGAUGGGCUCGAUCAGUCUCCACACAUUGAUGAUCCUAGGCGUGCCCGGAUGCUUGCGGAUUGGGAAGCUGCAAGGACGUACCUGGAAAAGGGAGUCGUAUAUCACGGAAAAGUUCAAGGAUAUAAUGCUGCUGGCUUGCGGAUAAGAUUUUAUUCCCUUAUUGGUUUUAUUCCGUUUGGGCAGUUAUCACCCUCUCAUUCAUGCAAAGAACCACACAAAACCAUCCAAGAGAUUGCAAGAUCGUUGGUGGGUUCUGUUCUUUCUGUGAAGGUGGUCGUAGCAGAUGGGGAGCAAAGGAGGUUGAUAUUCUCAGAAAAGAAGUUCAGCUGGUCAAAGUUCUCUCCUCAACUGGAGUUAGGAGACAUUUAUUAUGGCAGGGUAGGAGUUGUGAAGGAUUUUGGUGCCCUGGUUCAUCUCCGUUUUCCAGAUGGGUUUUAUCAUCUCACUGGAAUAGUGCAUGUUUCAGAAUUGUCAUGGGACUUAAUCCUCCACGCGGGAGAUGUCCUGGCUGUGGGUGAUGAAGUGAGAGUCAAAAUUGUGCAUAUAAAUUGGGAAGAGUCAAAGAUCAAAUUGUCCAUAAAACAACUGACUGAAGAUCCUUUUUUAGAAACUUCUGAUAAAGUUAUUCCUCAGGAUGUCUCAGCAGAAGAUCCCGAUGCAUUAGAUGAAAGCGAUCAUUUUACCAUAGAACCUCUUCCUGGGCUUGACACAAUAAUUGAAGAGCUAUUGAAGGAAAAUGGCAUAGAUGGUGUGAAGAUCACUGGACAAGGAUAUGAGAAAAGGGUAUUUUCCCAGGAUUUGCAGCUUUGGCUUUCAAAUGUGCAAGAAAUACAACUGUCGACUUCACUUGAUCAAGAUGGAAUUAAGAGGGCUCUGCAGCGGGCGCUGGGGCGCGGUCCAUGAAUUUCUACGCCCCAUUAGAGAAUUCUCUAUUGGUGUAACCAAUUCACAUUUUGUCGAAUUUAGAUGUACAUAAUUCGGAAUUGAAGCAUGUUUUAAGUGACUAGUAAAGUGCACAUGCGAUGUGUAUGUAUGAUUGUUUUUAUACACUAUGUUCUUACAAAAUUUAUUUUAUGUUAGAUUAUUUUGUGGUCUUUGAUGGUGUUGUAUAUGUAUGAUUGUUUUUAUACAUAUGCUAUUACACAAUUUAUU